UUCCUUGCCUUCCUGCAAUUCGUCCUCAUCGUCCUGGACCGCGUCCUCUACCUCCGGAGGUCUAUCAGGGUCAAGACGAUCGUGCAGCUCGUUACCCUCCUCUUCUUCUUCUCCCUGCUCUUCAUGCGCAUGCGGCAGCCUUGGCUCACGGACAACUUCGCCUUCAUCCUCAUCCUCUACUUCUUCAAGUGCUGGUACUGGAUCGCGUCUGCUAUCCAGAUCAGGAGGGGAUAUCCCAUCAUGACAGGCGGCAACGUGUUCUUCCGUGACUUCUCUUUCGUCAACUUCGUCCUCUACAUCGCCUACUCCGGCACUCCGUUCCUCCACGACAUGAGGAGCAUGCUCGACUGGACCUGCACAGCCACGACCCUCGACUUCUUCCAGUGGAUGAGGAUGGAGAACAUUUACGCCGUCCUCUUCCAGCGGGAAGUCACCCUGUCGUACAGGAGGAAGCUCGGGCGAGCCUUCGGCUUCGCUCAGCCAUGGCAGAUCAAGCUCUACACCGGCGUACUCUACUUCGCCGGCCUCGCCCUCGUCAUCUGGGGCCCGCUGCUCGUCUCUGUGGUCUCCUCCAAGUAUGCCUCCCCGAAGACUGUCCCCAUCAUCGGGGUCAGCAUGGAGAUCUCG